AUGAAGAGAAUCGUAACAGUGAUAGGAAAUAAAAGAUCCUUCAGCGACGGUCAUGAUUCAUUGAGAUCAAAGAGACUGCGCAUUUCUGUUGAAGGACAAGGAUUCAUCGAAAGAAAUGAAGGUGGAACAUGGCAGUCACGUGGGCUUUCCCUGGAGAGAAGACGAGAAAUUGACAGAAAUGGAGGAAAAAGUCGUGGGGAGGCUGGACUUCAACAAAAAAGAGAUCCUGAGCCUCUCAAUUACAUGACAUUGGAUAAAAUCUGCAAUUCAAACUCUCCUGAUGAAGGCAUAUUGGAUCUUUUCAACAAUUCUAAACGAUUUGAGGCUCUGCUAAAGACAGAAACAAUACGACCCGAUCUGAUGAAGCUUGUUAUUCGAGCCAUACACAUGUGCUGCUCACCAAAUGAUAAGAAAGAGAUUGCUAACAAAAUGCUACGUAUGGUAAUUAAAACAAAUUUCCUGCAAUUGCAUCUUACUAAGUUUAUCAGCCAAAUGUCCGACGUCUCAGAGCUUGGUGAGAAUCGCCAGCUUGAUAAACUGGUCUUGCUGAUAGCACAGGUUUUCCUGGAGUUGUUGCAGAGAUUUGAACAGAACAUUAUUCACCUCGUUUCCAGUGCCCAACUGAAUGAGACAGUGGGAGAUCUGAAGAGUAAGGGUCUCCUUGAAGACGCAGAGACUUUGGAGAAGAAGCUUCAACAGAUCAAGGAGUACAAAGAUGAAAUAAAUCGCCGGAAAACAACUCACCCAGACGAGUCUCAGCUAACUCCACCCGAGGAUUUUCGCAAUAUGAGCGUGAUCCCAGGAGUAGCUGAUUUAGAACCCCAUAACAAGCCGUUUCUUCGUAAAAACGUUGUUGGUGGAAGGUACUUAGACCAGGAGCACUAUUUAGACGUGCAAUUUCGACUUUUAAGAGAAGACUUCAUCUUACCUCUUCGCAAUGGAAUAAAACAGCUUAAACGGGACCGCAUUCCCAUGGCAGCAGAUGACCCAAGCCACGACAAACGUACGCGAGACGUUCCUGUGUACCGCGACGUCACAAUCUUAUACCCCGUAUGUAGUGGAAAGGGAAUGGUUUACAGAAUCCGGUUCGACUCGUUUCACCCGGAUGUACGUCGGGUGAAAUGGGAGAAGAAGAGCAAGCUUUUUAAGUUUGGCUCCCUCCUGUGCCUUUCAGCCGAUGGAUUUCGCAAUCUUCUAUUUGCGACCGUGGAGAAUCGAGAUUCACGCGAUCUUUGUGUUGGCGAGCUUGAAGUGCGAUUUGAAGAAGCUAAUCUUGAAAUCCUGAAUCAAUUCAUCGAAGAUAAAAAGAAAUUUGAUAUGGUAGAAUCCCCUGCGUUCUUCGAAGCCUACAGACACGUUUUAGAAGGCUUGCAAGGAAUUAAGGACGGUGAACUUCCGUUUGCAGAGCAUAUCGUUCAAUGCGACCAAGAUGUGAAGCCACCUGCUUAUGAAAACAAAACCAGUGGUUUUUUCGACAUGAGUGGAAUAAUAGAAAAGGGAGUGGACUUGACAAUAUCCAAAGCAAGGAACGCCAUGGAAAACAUGGAAACUGAGUCAGUUUCCAGGGAAGACAAUGUCAUCUCCGAUUAUCGUGAUUUAGUAAAUCGUGAUUGGGAGUCGAAUACCGAAGAUGCCGAGUGGAGCAUGCCUGAUCUCGAGUUGCUGUCCGAAGAAAAUUCAGCUAGUUCGGGCCGCGAUUUGGACUACGUUGCCACAGAUGAGCUUUUAAUUGAUGAUAACGAAGGUUCCAGUGAAGGAACUCCGGCAGACGACCGACCUGCUGGUGUCUUGAAUAUCUACGACUUGGAACUCAAUCCAGAAGACCUGGGCUUUAAUAAGUCGCAGAUGAGCGCGUUCAAAAUGGCACUGACCAAAAAUUUUGCGGUCAUACAAGGCCCACCAGGUACUGGGAAGACGUACGUUGGUCAGAAGAUAGCACGUGUUUUGCUACAAAGCGGCACCCUGCGGCAGAACGAAAAUGAACCGUCGCCAAUUUUGAUGGUGUCUUACACGAAUCACGCCUUGGACGAUUUCUUGAGUGGUCUUCCGAGAGAAGGUAAGGAAGUAAACAUUUUUGCAAUCUGCGAUCCUCUUCUUCUCUGAAAAAAAUGCCGAAAUAUAAUAUAUCAGCUCUUCUCGAAUCUUUACGGCGGUAAUUUAAAAUUUAAUAGAGAAGUCUCGAUUGAAGGUCGAAAGUAAUCUAGAAUUGCAUUGACUUUGUCUUAAAGCACAAAACCAAUAUAAUCAGAAACCAAUCCUAACUCAUCAUGACUCGAUCGUUUGCACGUUUAGAUCUGUUGCAAUUGUUUUCUUGAAGUUCCCAUUGGUUCUUUGUGAUCUUUACCUUUUUGAUUGAAUGUUGUUGAUAAUCUGAUUUUUGUUUUGCAACACUCGAGGGGAGAGUGCUCUAAUCAACAAGGAGUUUCUCUCUCCCCCUACCAGCCCUUUGAUUUCUUUCAGAACUGAUCACUUUACCCUCGCGCUUUUUGAUCGAGUGUUUUUUUGAUAGGACUGUUGUUCUUCUAAAUAGGAGAUUGCUGCGAGAAAAAUAUAUGUAUUUUUACUUAGGCGUUUGAUGAACGUGCAUUAAUGAUAAUAAUUCUAAGACCUUGAUCUGGAAUGUCUGCUCCCAUCAGGUAUCGUGCGUGUUGGUGGACGCAGCAGUAAAACGUUGAAAGACUGCACCCUGAGGGACCGGCGCAAGCAAACGGCUUCCAACAAGCUUACUCCAUUAGAAAUAUACAGGGCAAGAAAAAACGCUCAAUGGGAGAUCAAAGAGCUAAACAAAGAUGGAUCCCUGGACCUCUGUGUUGCUGUCCUGAAGUACUCCAGAAGGAAGAUUCUGGCCUUUCGCAUACUGGAGAAGUUCAUGUCACCUCGUCAUGCCAAGUGGUUUACAGAGUCGCAAGAAAACAAGGAUUUACUGUUGUGUAAAUGGUUAGACUUGCGGUACGAAAUCAAGCGGAAGGGUUCCAAGAGCAAUGGACAUGAUAUGGACAGGUACAAAUAUUUUCAUCUGCGGGAGUCAGCUCGGAAUUUCUCGAACGAAGAGGAUUACGAAGACAUCGAGGAAGACGAUGAGGUGAAGCCAUCAGAGGCGACUAUCAGUACAACUGAAGACACUACAGCACCGCUUCAACUUCGCAGAAAACUUCUACGAGAAGAAGCCAUGAGUGAACGCGAAGAGAGAAAUAGUCAGUACGACCUCUUAGGAUUUUCGCGAUUUCAACGAUGGAAUCUGUACAGGUCGUGGCUUCAAAAAGCAGAGAAAUACUACAUGGAGAAACUUCAGAGCAAACAGCCAGAUUACGAAAGAGCAUUGGCGCGUAAGUUUGAAGUGAUGCUCGAGGAAGACUUUCAUAUUCUUCAAAAUGCGAAGAUCAUUGGAAUGACUACUACUUGUGCCGCCAAAUACCGCCGCACACUUCAGCGGAUUCGUCCUAAAAUUGUAAUUGUUGAGGAAGCCGCUGAAGUAAUGGAGGCCCACAUAAUUACGUCACUGACCAAAGACUGUCAGCAUUUGAUUUUGAUUGGUGAUCACAAGCAACUAAGACCUAAGCCGGAAGUUUACGAAUCAGCCAAGAAGUACCAUCUGGAUGUGUCCCUGUUUGAGCGAAUGGUGAAUGUGGGUCUUCAGUGUGAGACCCUCAACGUACAGCAUCGUAUGAGACCUGAAAUUGCCGCCUUAAUGAAACAUAUCUAUGACGAUCUCGAGAAUCACGAGUCGGUAGAGAAAUAUGAAGACAUCAAAGGAAUCAAGAAGAACAUGUUCUUCAUCAACCACAGUCAUUUGGAGAAUCAUUGUGAAGAUUCCCACAGUCACGUGAAUGACUACGAGGUUAAGUUUGUGGUGGCCUUGUGUCGUUAUCUGUUGCAGCAAGGUUAUGAAGCCCAUCAAAUUACCCUUUUGACAACAUAUACGGGACAAAUGUUUGCCAUCAGAGACUGCCUUCAAGAAAAAGGAAUUGAAGAGCUCAACCAAGUGCGCCUGACAACAGUCGACAACUUUCAAGGUGAAGAAAACGACGUCAUUCUUCUCUCGCUCGUGCGGAGCAACAAAGAUGACCAGGCUGGCUUCAUCAAGAUGGAAAACCGUGCAUGUGUGGCGCUCUCUCGUGCUAGAAAGGGCUUCUACUGUAUUGCAAACUUCACCCUUCUCUGCAAACACAGUGAAGUCUGGAGCAAGAUUAUUGACGAUUUGAAAGCGAGUGAUAGCUUUGGCGCGUCCUUACCCCUUAGCUGUCAAAGCCACAAUGAAGAGAUCACAGCAGAAACAGCCGAAGAUUUCGUAGAGAAAGCUCCCAACGGGGGAUGUCAGCGUCCUUGCGAAGUGCGCCUGGAUUGCGGUCAUGCUUGCAAACGAUCAUGUCAUCCAUAUGAUGUCGAUCACUUGGAGUAUCAGUGUGGAGAGCCGUGCGUCAGGAAAAUCGUUGGUUGUGACCACACGUGUUCAAAGGUUUGCUGGGAGAAAUGUGACACAUUCUGUCAAGAGGUGGUGGAGAAGACUUUACCAUCCUGUGGGCAUAAGACAACCGUUAGAUGCGGCAGGGAUUUGAAGAAUGUAAAGUGCGAAGAACAAUGCGAUAAAAUUCUACCCUGUUCCCACCGCUGUCAGAGCCGCUGCGGUCAACCUUGCACAAGAAAAUGCCAAGAGCUUGUCAGGAGAACAGAUUGGCCAUGUGGACAUGGAGAAAAUGUUGCCUGCUCAGCAACUCCAGUAGAAUGCCCAGCCCUUUGUGGGGCCACUUUGGAAUGCGGCCACUCGUGCCCUGGGAACUGCGGGGAGUGUCGCAUGGGUCGAGUUCACAAGCGGUGCAAGAAAAGGUGCAAGCGUCUCCUAGUUUGUUCUCAUGAAUGCCUGGCAUCAUGCACAAAAUUCUGCCCACCAUGUAGGAUGUCAUGCGAAAACCGUUGUAGGCAUUCGGAGUGCAAACACCCUUGUGGUGAGGCGUGCAAGUCUUGCGCAGAAAAGUGCAACUGGGAAUGCUUACAUUACAGAUGUAGCAAGUUGUGUGGUGAGUUGUGCGAUCGUCUAAGAUGUGACAUGCCUUGCAAACAGUUCCUCAAAUGCGGAAGUGAGGGUCGUCCCCAUCGCUGCCGAGGCUUGUGUGGGGAGGAUUGCAUUUGUGCCGUGUGCCAGGACAACGAUGGCUACCCAAUCACCCAAACAUUUUUAGGUGGAGAAGACGAAAAAGGUGCACGUUUCAUUCAGCUUCCGGACUGCAAACACAUCUUCGCAGUAAAAGAUCUUGAUUAGUAAGUAGAGUGUAUUAUAUUUUUCUUUCAUCGAACGCUGAAAUUCUUUGUACACCCAGGUCCAACGAAUCUAAACUAGAGUUGAGCCCCAUUUCGUGGAAUUGUGUGGUAAUUUUAAAAGAGCCGCUACAAGAGCGGAUCCUGGAAUCCUAUAGCCUAAAUAUGAUGAGAAGUUUUCUCAAGACAAGUGCAUUUUGAAUUACUUUAUUGAUUAGUAACGUGUGAUCCUUUUGUUGCUAGAAUUUUGGUGUCAGAUAAAAAGCGACAAAACCCAUACGUCUGAUAAGGGAGGGGGGCUGGUCCUGACCCCUGGACCUUCUCCUUGCAUCUGCCAUUGCGCCAUUAGAACCAAUACUGUCAGACCUUGGCCAUGAGCUUUGGGUGUCUCAGUGUGUGGAGUUAGCUUACACAUGUUCUGUGGACAAUUUUAUCUCGUGUAAAUUAUACAAUACCCUUAACAGUCUUUAUUAUCGUUAUUUCAUAGCUACAUGGAUACGUCGCAUCUCGACGAAGAGAGCCAUGAUGUGAUUCAACUGAAAACCUGUCCUCGAUGUAAGAAGGGGAUCCGUAAGAGCCUGCGAUACGGUAACAUUAUUAAACAGCAGUUGCUUGACAUUGAAAAAGUCAAGGCCAAGGUCAACGGGGAUCAGGUUGAGAUUGAGGCUGCAAAGAAAGACUUGGAAACAAGUUUGAGAGCUUUGAAGCCGACACUUGAGUCGGAAGAUGAAGAGAGAGACUGGGACAUACUAAUGAAACGUGUGACCAAAUUGUCGAACAUGUUUAUGGCAGCUGUCACCAAAAACAAGGUGAUGCUGAUGAAGAGAUUUGCGGAGAUAAACCAGAAGAUGAAGCAUAGACUAUCUAUUAAGACCCAGAGCCAAGUCAACGACGAAAGUCGUGUGGAAGGUACGUGCGCAAUUAUUUUUUUCCUUUUCAGCGUGUGAAUGAAAUUACCGUCAGUAGAGAUCAAGAUAAAUGCCUCUGUUUGGGGAAAAUGAAACCCUCUUUUGUUUAAUGUGAAAGUUCCCUUAACAUCUAGGCUAACCCUCCACUGACAUACUGACAUUUCCCCCCAUCCCCCCUCCGCCCGCUACUGCUAUAACAUUUUAUUUUGCCCAUAGCAUAGUAUGUGAUAAAUUUUUCUGAAGCACACUGUCUCAUUUAUCGCCACGGAGGGGGGAUGGGCUGCAGAGGAUUUUGGUUCUGUCACAACAAAAUUUACCUGAUCUCCCCUGAUUAGCAAUCGAUUUUCUGUAGUCUCCCCCCCCCCAGGUGGUAGAUAAUGACUGGUCCUUUAAACCUUUAACUCCCAAGUUCUCAUUAGUAAUUCUCCUUACUGUCUUACAUACAAUUCUUAUGAUGUCAAUUUGGAGAAUUUGGUAUUGGAUCAACUUGUAGUCCCCUAAUUGAUAUUUUUCUUUAUUCUCAUCACUUCUAUGCUUGGUAUUUUUCUUUUAAACGUGAGCUUGCGAGUAUUUCCCAUAAUAAUUGUUCACUUCCUUCAGAGUAUCAUUACUUACUUUGGUGUCAUUUGGUAGGGUUCUCUUUGCAAGAGGAUCUGAAGUAUUUGCAGAAACGUGCAAAGUCAGGAGAAGCCACGGAGCGAGAGCUGCAUGACAUAAACCUGGAAUGUACCAGGGUUAAUCUGCGAUUGGAGCUGUGUCUGCUGAAACACGACAUCGCAAGCGUCAACUUGACUCCGGAGGAAUCGCAUGGUCAGAUGAUGAGAGAUGUUCGCGAGGAGUUGUCUAGCGGUAAACUAAUUCAAACUGAGAGAUUAGACGAACUGUUAGAUAUGCUGUCGGGAGUCAGGUGUGUUACUUGACAGUGAUUUUUGUCUUUUAACCCCUUAACCCCUAAGAUCUGAUUGUCAAUUCUCCCCUCUAGUUACUACACAUUUCCUUAUUGAUUGAUUACGAGAAUUAGGUGUUCAAUCAAGGUAAUAAAUUGUACCUGAUGAGUUUUAGUGUUCUCAUUACCUGUUUGCAGUAUAAUGUAUGGAUACUCUAGGGAGAUGUUACAUGUAAUCACUUCCGAGAGUUUAAGGGUUAAGGCAUUUUUAAAAGUUACUCUAUGACCCGUACGGCCUCGUGCGCGCGUUUAUUGGUAAAUAUUAGACAAGAAAGCCCGUAUGACGGUAGGUGAUGGCGCAAACAGGGCCAGAUAAAGCCGUGCGGCCGCGCAAGAUGCGAGCUAAUCGAAGAAAGGAGGGAAAUAAAAGAGCGGCGGUCAUAUAAUAAAGUUCUUUUUAACCUAUUGACGCUUCACUCGGUCUGUAAAUUAUGACAUGCCCCUCAAGCCGUAUGGUCCCCUCACCCAGUCAAUAAUUACAUAUCACGAGCCUUUUGACCCGUACGCGUUCGAGUUGGGGGAAACCAUGACGAGCUGUCUCCUUGUCAACCAUGCCUUACACUCUCAUGAAAAAAAACUUUUAUACCACUAAACAAACGGCAGAGAUGCAAAUAGCAAGAGUUGAAUCACUGUCUGGUACUAUUCGCGAUAACGUUUUCUUAAAUCUCUCCAUUAUUCCGGGUGUCUUCACUUUUUAUUACCAAAUUUGUGAGCAUCGAGGCCCAGAAUUGCUACGCAUGUGAUCUGUUUGGUCUUUCCGUUUUGAAGGAGACGCAAGAAAUUUGUGUCAUUUUAGGAUUUUAUACUGAAGACAAUAACGACGAUGACGACUAUGAUAGUAAAGAUAAUACAUUUUGUACUACUUGCAUUUUAGAAAAGCGUACCCAUGUCUGUUACCGUUGACGCCAGAAGAAAAACAACAGAUCGUGACGGCCAUGGGCCUCAAACAAGGUCAUUGGUACAAAUGUCCCCAGGGACAUAUCUAUGCCAUUACUGAGUGUGGCGGCGCUAUGGAGAAAAGCACGUGUCCUGAUUGCGGAGCUGUGAUUGGUGGAGAAAAUCACCGACUAGUAGAAGACAACCAAGUGGCGACGGAGAUGGAUGGUGCGAGAUACCCUGCCUGGUCCGAACAGGCGAACAUGGAAAAUUACGUGAUCAUGGAUGAGGCGUAAAAAAGGUUUAAAACUGAGUUUUUAAAGUAAUCGGAACCUCACUGACUAUAUUUUCAGUAGACUCCUUGGACAGUGUGGCAUGAGCGGCAGAGCUAAACCAAUUAGGAUUUUUUUUCUCUCGCGUACCGCGUGCUUAGCAAAGGCUGAGCGUAAUAGAGUUUUACUUCGAUUUGCAUGCAAUAGUUUCAGCUUGUUAACUAUACGUUCAAUAGAAAAUUUAGGUGUUGUGCCAUGAGAGGCAAGGUUUAACUAUCGUGAUUUGUUCUUUCGCGUAUCGCUGGCUUAGCGAAGGAUAAGCGGAAUUAAUGUUUACGCCGAUUUGAUUGCAUAGCGUCAACUUAAGGUGCGAGGCUAAUGAAUUUGAACUAAGACUUGUUUAUUUGGAGUCAAGUUUCAUUAGAAAUGUAUCUUUUUCAGGAAACCUGUGAUUAAGCUUUACUUUUUUUUCCUGUGCAUACGAAAGCAUGGCAGCAAGCUGUUGGUCAACGGAAACGUAGAACAAGCAACACUGGAGAAUAACCGCUAAGACGCGCAGUGCGUUGUUACUUGGCGUCCAAUCCUCCCGAAGGGGGGGGGACGUUACUUCCUAGUAAUUUUGUUUUGGGGAUUUGCCACUGGAUUGGUCGCAUGUUUACUGCUGGAUUGAGGAUAAAAAAGUUUCAUUUUUAUCAGAGUCGGGGUCGUACGUUUUUGCGGGAUUUUGGGGUGAGAAAACUUUGGUUAGUAGGAAAUUAGUAAUGGGAAAAUUUGCGAUUGAAAAAUGGAUUAAUAUGGUGUCAAUAAUUGGCCACAAAAUUGGGGCAGGAGCACAUUACUUGGACUCCUGAAUGGGGUUAGGGGCUCUGAGAGGUCUGCGGCAUAUAACCAGCAAAAAUGGACCUGAGUAAUCCUCCGGGCGUCCAAAGCAGUCCUUUUGCAUUGAAACAAAUUGGGAAUACUUUUUCUGAUCGCAAAUAGCUUUCAUGUCGAGGGUGACCGAUUAUUACAUCUUAAUUUGUACACUGCUUUCUUGGAGCCAGCUCAGUUUAAACCUAAUCGAAACUCGAAUAAACUAAGAGGGUAAAAGAUCAACAUCAGCGUGGUGGGUGUAGACAAGAGAAUAUUCCCUUGGUGUAGAUCAUGUCAAAAUACCGUUAUCAGGAAAGAUUGAAUCAUUUGAUUGGUUCUCGACACUAAAACAUUAAUUUUUUGUUUUUCCCUGACCAGUUUUCUCGAGAUUUCUGCUUUCCAUUCCCCUUAUUUACCCUUAAAGAAAAAUUCCAAGAAAAUCCCCUCUGAAUAUGGGAUGAAAACCGCCACAAAAAUGUAGUGGCGUUUGUCACGUUGGCUUAUCGUGCGUGACUUAUUUAAUCAGUCCUCUCGGAAUCCGUCAGUAUAUUUCGAAAAACAUUGUUAGUCGGUGAUGAAUAAAUUGUAUUUGCUUUCCCCGUUUUAGCUCUCUUUGUUGAUAUAAGAAAGGAUCCUGAUUACUUCUAUGGAGAUCCAGACCCUUUAACCCCGAUGAGUGACCAAGACAGAAACUCUCCUUACUAAAUCAACACAAUAUCAAAGAGGCAAGGGAUGAGAAUAAAGAAAAAUAUCAGUUAUGGAAUUAUUUGUUGAUUCGGUACCAAAUUCUCAGAACUAACAUCACAAGAACUGUAUGGCAGACAGUAAGGAGAAUUACUAAUGAGAUCUUGGUAGUUAAAGGGUUGAUCCUAUUAAAAAAUGGGGUCAUCCUUUUGAAAAAAAAACUGUUACGUUGCACACUUGAGAAACGGUCUCUUAGGAUCCUUCCGCUAUCGAUCGAUCGAUCAUUUCUCUGUUGUCGUUUUUUUUGACGCAUUUCCCUCCAGAAACUACUUACGAACAAACUACUUCCUUUCCACACAUAAUCUUUAAUUAAUUGGUUUUGACUGACUCACGGAUCACGUCACUGAAAUUCGAUUCGUUUUUGUGAUCAACUCUGAACAUUCAACCAAUCACAAGGAAGAUGCUUUUCUCAGAAUUGCUUCGAGGAAGGUUCUGCGAAAUGUGAACCACAGUUGCUGUCCUUAUUUUCCUUGUCUUUAGCGGAGAAAGUUCUUCUCAACGGCUCCAAGUGAAGUGAAGGUAUGUAGAAAUUGUGUAUAUAUUAUGUGGAUAAUUGAUGACGGUACCGUGUUAAAAACAACUGAUUCAGAACGGCCCUUGAGUUUCAUUAGUAGCCAUUUAAAACGCAAGUAUGGUUUUUGACCGAUGUAGGGGAGAAUUGUUUGGGUUUUGGUUUACUUUAUCGUCACGUAGGCUCUUAUUACAAAGAUGAAUUAAGAAGAAUGAGAGCUUGAAUGAUAGACCAUUUUUUUCGUAUAUACAAUUUCUGAAUAACUUGUGUACGGUUCUAGAGAAAAAUGUUUUGCUUCUAUAUGCUAAUGAGUGCCUUAAAUUAGAAAUGAAUUGUAAUAUAUCUUCAAGAGACAAUGGGAAAUUUACGUAGGGGGUCUGUGGAAAUUCUUUUGAACAAAAUCAAAUUUAUAAUGCUUUGUUAAUAUGCAAAUUUUUGGUGAUCUCGUUUCUUAACAAAGUUUUUACUGUUCAUGGUAAACUUAUUAAUUUUUUGCUCGAAUUUUGUCGCGUCAGUUCGCAAAGUCUAGUGCAAUAGAUUCGCGAAACUUUCGCAGUUGUAUAACAUUACUUCUUGGUCGCGUGAUUGAAUCUCGCUUUUCUUACGUGACACAAGAAUCAUUCCAUGCGUUCGACCAAUCAGGAAGAGGAUGCUUUUCCCGGAAUCGCUGAUACGCUUCGCAGUGUUUCGCAGAAUAAUCUGCUUCGAAAGAUGAUAGCGCUCAAGUGACGUUUACAUCUUUUCCGCCUCUUUUCCCCUGUUUUCGUGAUAAGUGGUACACCAAAUCUAUUUCGAGAGAGUCUUGGGUAUGUAUUGAUCAUAAAUAUUGCUGAAUAUUUCAGAAAGUAGUACUAACUCUUAAACAAUUGAAACUUAAGGCCUUCAGGAUUCCCUGUAGCUCGAUUAAAUGCAAAUAUAUGGACUUUUGUACUUGGCGAUACGCUGAUUCUUGUUAUUGGAAAGAAUUUCCACAACUUUAGUAUAGAAAUCGAUCUGUUACUAAAAGAGAAGUACGUCGACUUCCCACACGAUCUGAACGUUCUCAAGAAAACUUUCAAACGACAUAUUUUCAUCCUGAAUAAUUAGAUAAUAAUUAAAUAAAGUGUGUGGAAUUCCAAAGUUACCUAGUGGGUUAAAAAUGUAGUACUUACCUUUCUUGAAAGAUCCUCGAUGCUACAGAAAACAGCACUUCUGAACUUAGAGACUUCAGAAUAUUUCAUUGAGAUGAAGACACACUCAUUAAAAACGGUAUUAUAUUUAAUGGUCGGCUCUGUAGCGAGUGAAUUUCUGGUAUCUUCUGCGGUUUCUUUUGGCAUGCUCGUUUUUAGACUAAACAGACUAAACAGAAUCUUUCGACCAUCUUAAAGCUAUAAGUUUCCAGAGUUGUUCAUCGAAUCGGUAAAUUCAAGCUGUUUAAGAAUGAUAUGAAUCAAGAUCUAAAGCACUAGAGUGCAUUAACUAGAUUAUGAUAACUGACAACAUGUAAAUUUGCAAUGUCUGUAGCGUGCAAUAGAAAUAGACAAAUUGGUAGCUACUGCCUCCUUGUCGAGAAAGGUAGUGACCUAAAGUUCAGGCGUCCUAUUCAACCGGCCAUGUAUGAUUUGGAAAUAGAGGCAGCGGAAGGGGUGGGGCGAAAGGCGAAAUAUUUUCCCCAUCCCCACCCCUCUCCUUGUUUUUGAUCGUCGCUCACCCCAUUGGUAAAAAUUUCUUUCUCUCCCCAGCUUACCAUUGCUAUUAACAUCAAAGAUGGCGGCCAUACUUAUCGCUGAAAAAAUAUUGAGUACUCGCUCGCCAAAAUUACGCCUGCUUUGUAGGCUAGGAGGAUAAGCAAACAAGACGCUCAGUAGGGUUCCCUUGGGAUCAAUAUUAGUGCCUUCAACGGAUAGAGUAAUUUUUACAUUAGGAAACCUUUAAAUAGAUCUAUCUAAGGAAUACCAAGCCGUUGGGUAAAAAACAUGAGCGGCUCAUCAUCCAUAGCUUGUUAAAAUACAGUUUUCUGUAGAAACGAUUUUAAUAACUCCUGGAGAGAUCUCUAAACCACCUUAAUCCUACAAAACUAAGUUCAGGUAUACGAGUUUUUAGUCUUAUUUUGUUACCCUCAAAAACACAAGCAUUGAUGCAAAUGCUGCUGAUCAUCGUUAGAUGAUCAGUAACACUUCUCAAGGUUUAUCUAUUAGUUACUUUAAUUUUGAAAGCUUCAAACACGACUACAAACUUACUUAAUUUCUGGCCAAUCGACCGACUGACUUUCAAGCGCAAAAUUGACCAAUCAAAUGAACGAACCAGACUCCUUACACUCGACUGUAAGGUAGCUCUUCACUUGACUCUGAUAGUGACUUCCGCUGAGGUUGUCGAAACAAUAGUAACUGUAAGCAACAACAGUCCUUUUCAGGACUUCUCUAAUCUGGAAAAUCAGACUACAAGAUCGACCACUUACUAUCUUACCACCUCUUGUCACGAGAAUUGUUGGUAACUCUUUCUUUCUUUCCCUUUUCUUUCGAAAGAAGAAAAGAAGUCCUCAGUGAUCUUAAGUAUGUCAAACACUCGAUGGCGCUGCUCCCCUAACUUCAAAAUAGAACAAAAAUGAAGAGAGCUGAUACAGGAGAAAGGAAUCCGCGCGUCUCUUUCAAUGGGCAAGGAUUAAUGGAAAGAAACGGCAGUAGAACUCGUCAUUCACAUGAGUUUUCCCGGGGAAGAAGACCCGCAUUUGAUAGAAAUGGGGCAGGAACACAUGUACAACGAGGAAGAGAGUCUAAUCCUCUCAAUUAUAAGGCCUUAGAAAAAGUAUGUAAUUCAAACUCUCCUGACGAGGGAAUUUUGGAUCUUUUCAACAAAUCUAAACGAUUUGAAGCUCUACUGGAGGCGGAAGAAAUACGACCUGAUCUGAUGAAGCUUGUUAUUCGAGCUAUUCACAUGUGCUGCUUACCGAAUGAUAAAAAGGAGAUUGCUAAUAAACUUCUGCGCAUGGUAAUUAAAAAAAAUUUUUUACAGUUGCAUCUAACCAAGUUUAUCAGCCAGAUGUCCAAUGUCUCGGCGUUUAGUGACAAUUACCAGCCUGAUAGACUGGUCUUGCUGUUAGCAGAGGUUUUCCUGGAGUUGCUGCAGAGAUUUGAACAGGACGUAAUUCACUUCAUUCCCAGUGCCCAACUGAAUGAGACGGUGGGUAAUCUGAAGAGUAAGGGUCUCCUUGAAGACGCAGAGACGUUGGAGAAGAAACUUCAUCAAGUCAAGGAGUACAAAGAUGACAUAAAUCGCCGGAAAACAGUUCGCCAGAAUCAAUCUCAUCGAACUCCACCCGAGGAUUUUCGUAAAAUGAGCGUGAUUCCCCAAGCCGCAGAUUUAAGACCUUACAGCAAGCCUUUCCUUCGUGAAAACGUUGUAGAUGGAAAGUACUUAGACCAGGAUCAUUAUUUAGACGUGCAAUUUCGACUUUUAAGAGAAGACUUCAUCCUGCCUUUGCGCAAUGGAAUAGAACAACUUCAAAAGUCCUACAAUCCGGGAGCAGGGAACGUGAAUCACAGCAAACGCGCGCGAAGCGUUCGCGUGUACAAUGACGUCACAAUAAUGUAUCCCGUAUGCAGCGGAAAGGGUAUGGUUUACAGAAUCCGGUUCAACUCGUUUCACCCGGAUAUAGCUCGCGUGAGAUGGGAGAAGAGCAAGCUUUUCAAACUGGGCUCUCUACUUUGUCUUUCAUCAGAUGAAUUUCGCACUCUUCUAUUUGCGAUCGUGGAGAAUCGAGAUUCACGCGACCUCUGUGUUGGCGAGCUUGAAGUGCGAUUUGAAGACGUCCAGUUCGAAAAUCUGAAUCGGUUUAUUGAGGAAAAAAAGAAGUUUGAUAUGGUAGAAUCCCCAGCAUUCUUUCAAGCCUACAGACAUGUUUUGGAGGGCUUGCAAGAGAUUGAGCCGGGUGGACUUCCCUUUGAAGAACACAUUGUGCGAUGCAAUCAAAAUGUGGGGCCACCUGCGCAUGAAAUCAACACUGGUGGUUUCUUCGACUUGAGUGGAAUGAUAGGAGAAGGAGUGGACUCAAAGGCUUCUCAACCAAGUGCCGGUGAUGACAGUAGUGAAGCUUCCGAAAAUGGCAGCCCAGUAACCGACCGACCCGCUCGUGUCGAGAAUAUUUACGACUUGGAACUCAAUCCAGAAGAUCUGGGCUUCAACGAGUCACAGAUGAAAGCUUUCAAAAUGGCACUGACCAAAAAGUUCGCCGUCAUUCAAGGACCGCCAGGGACUGGGAAGACGCACGUUGGUCACAAGAUAGCACGUGUUCUUCUACAGAGCGCCCCUAUGUGGCAGAACGAUAGUGAACCGUCACCAAUUUUGAUGGUGUCGUACACGAACCACGCCUUAGACGAUUUCUUAGCUGAACUAAAGAUGGAAGGUAAAGUUACAAAAGGGGGGCAUUUUUCAUGUGUGAGAACUCUUGGGGUUCCAAGUCACUAACAAAGAGCCAAGGACUGAAACUAAGCUUUUCUCGAAUUGUUGCUAUUGCUCUGAAACACUUCUUGAUUUUUCGAGAAUACUUAGGCUACCCUUUUAACCAAUCAGAUGCAAUGCAGUGAUGUAGCAGUGUCGAUAAGACUACACACCACACUUAACCAGAGUCGAUCUGUUUUCUUUUAUCACAAUAUCGACGUCAAAACGAGUCUUUCAGUGCGUGACCAUUGCGUGACUACUGCGUGACUCGUUGGCGCAAACGACGUUGUCUGUACUCUUUUCGACAACGGCAAAUUGGUCAAUCAGAUCACGACAUUACUGCAUACUGUGCUAAAAAAGUAAAUACUUGUGUGUACAUAAAUGCGUUUAAUUAUAUUUUGUCUGGAAUGUCUUACCCAUAAUAGGUAUUGUGCGCGUUGGUGGACGUUGCAGUGAAAAGUUGGAGCGCUACUCCCUGAAGGCGCGGCGGAAUGAAGCUGCUGACAAUAAGGAAACUCCACAUGCAAUCUACAGUGCAAGAAAAAGUGCUCAAAACGAGAUCCGAGAACUAAACGAAGAAGGAUCCCUCGAUCUUUGUGUUGCUGUCCUAAAAUUUUCUAGAAGAAGGAUUCUCGCAUUCCAGAUUCUAAGCAAAUUCAUGAUGAAUCGUCAUUACAAAUGGUUUCACAAACCUCGAACCAACAAAGAUUCCUUGUUAUGUGAAUGGCUAGGCCUGCACUUCGACGCUAAGCGAAACAAUACUAAGAAUAAUGAUCAUAAUGUAAAAAUGGAGAAGGUUUUUCAGACGCAGGAGUCAGCUCGGAACUUCGAAGAUAACGAAGAGGAAAGAGAAACCCAGCCGUCAGAGGUAACUAUCAGUACAAUUGAAGACACUGAAAAACCGCUUAUGCUUCGUGACAAUCUUCUUCGAGAGGACGUCAUUAGUGAAGAGAAACGUAAUAUUUACAACUUGUGGAGAUUGUCGUCACUUGAACGAUGGAGGCUGUACAGAUUGUGGCUUCAGAAAGCAGAGAAAUUUUACAUGAAGAAACUUCAGAGCAAACAGCCAGAUUACGAAAGAGCAUUGGCGCGUAAGUUUGAAGUAAUGCUCGAGGAAGACUUUCAUAUUCUUCAAAGUGCGAAAAUCAUUGGAAUGACCACCACUUGUGCCGCCAAAUAUCGCCGUAUACUCCAGCGGAUUCGCCCUAAAAUUGUGAUUGUCGAAGAAGCCGCUGAAGUUAUGGAGGCCCACAUAAUUACGUCACUGACUAAAGACUGUCAACACCUGAUUUUGAUUGGUGAUCACAAGCAACUCAGACCUAAACCGGAAGUGUAUGUCUUAGCCAAGAAGUACCAUCUGGAUGUGUCCCUGUUUGAAAGAAUGGUGAAUGUGGGACUUCAGUGUGAGACCCUCAACGUACAGCAUCGUAUGAGACCUGAAAUUGCCGCCUUGAUGAAACACAUUUAUGACGAUCUUGAGAAUUACAAGACAGUGGAGGAAUAUAAAGAUAUCAGAGGAAUGAAGAAGAACAUGUUCUUUGUCAACCACAGUCAUUUAGAGAAUCCCUGCGAAGACUCGUUCAGCCACGUGAAUGAUCACGAAGCUAAUUUUGUGGUGGCCUUGUGUCGCUAUCUGUUACAACAAGGUUAUAAAGCCCAUCAAAUUACCCUUCUGACAACCUACACAGGACAAAUGUUCGCCAUCAGAGACUGCGUCCAAGUGAGACAAAGGAACGACCUCAGCCAAGUGCGUCUUACAACAGUCGACAACUUUCAAGGUGAAGAAAAUGACAUCAUUCUUCUAUCGCUCGUGCGCAGUAACAAAGAAGACGAGGCUGGGUUCAUCAAGAUGCAAAACCGUGCAUGCGUGGCGCUUUCUCGUGCUAAAGAGGGCUUUUACUGUAUUGGAAACUUCACCCUUCUCUGCAAACACAGUGAAGUCUGGAGCAAGAUUAUUGACGAUUUGAAAGCGAGUGAUAGCUUUGGCGUGUCCUUACCCCUUAUCUGUCAAAGCCACAAUGAAGAGAUCACAGCAGAAACAGCCGAAGAUUUCGAAGAGAAAGCUCCUGACGGGGGAUGUCAGCGUCCUUGCGAAGUGCGCCUGGAUUGCGGUCAUGCCUGCAAACGGUCAUGUCACCCUUAUGAUGUCGAUCACUUGGAGUAUCGCUGUGGAGAGCUGUGCGUCAGGAAAAUCGUUGGCUGUGACCACACGUGUUCAAAGGUUUGCUGGCAGAAAUGUGACACAUUCUGUCAAGAGGUGGUGGAGAAGACUCUACCAUCCUGUGGGCACAAGACAACCGUGAAAUGCGGCAGGGAUUUGAACAAGGUCCAGUGCAAAGAAAAAUGUGAAAAAAUUCUACCCUGUUCCCACCGCUGUCAGAACCACUGUGGUCAACCUUGCACAAGAGAAUGCCAGGAGCUUGUCAAGAGAACAGAUUGGCCAUGUGGACAUGAAGUCAGUAUUGCUUGCUCAGCAACACCGGCAGAUUGCACAACCCGUUGUCAGGACGUUUUGGAAUGCGGCCACCAGUGCCCUGGAACGUGUGGUGAGUGUCGCAUGGGUCGAGUUCAUAAGCGGUGUAAGAACAGGAGCAAGCAAGUACUGGUUUGUUCUCAUGGGUACACGUCAUCAUGCGCAAAAUCCUGCCCGCCAUGUGGGAUGUCAUGCGAAAACCGUUGUAGGCAUUCGAAGUGUAAACACCCCUGCAGUGAGUCGUGCAAGCCUUGCACAGAAAAGUGCAAUUGGAAAUGCCGACAUUACAGUUGUAGCAAGUUGUGUGGUGAGUUGUGCGAUCGCCCAAGAUGUGACAGGCCUUGCGAAAAGUUCCUCAAGUGCGGAAGUAAGAGUCGUCCCCAUCGCUGCCGAGGCUUGUGUGGAGAGGAGUGCAUUUGUGCCGUGUGCGAGAAAAACAAUGGCGAUCCAAUCACCCAAAUAUUUUUAGGUGGAGAAGACGAACCAGAUGCGCGUUUCGUUCAGCUUCCGGACUGCAAACACAUCUUCGCUGUAAAAGAUCUUGAUCAGUAAGUGUGGUCUUCUAUAUUUGAAUUUUUCUUUCAUCCAACGCAGUAAUUAUUUGUAAACCCCAACGAAGCUAAACUAGAGUAGAGCCCCAUUCCAUGCAAUUGUGUGGCAAUUAAGAGCCGCUGCAAGAGCGGAUCCUGGAAUCCCGUAGCCUAAAUAAUAUGAGACAGUGUCUCAAGACAAGUACAUUUUGAGUUACUUUAUUGAUUUGUAACGUGUGAUCCUUUUGUUGCUAGAAUUUUGGUAAGAGACAAAAAGCGACAAAACCCGCACGUCUGGUGAGGAAGGGAGGGGGCUGGUCCUGACCCCUGGACCCCCCCCCCUGGAUCUGCUAUUGGGCCAUUAGGGCCAAAACCGUCAGAUCUUGGCCAUCAGCUUAAGGUUUCUCAGUGUGUUACGUGUGUGGGGUGAGUUUAAACAUGUUCGGUGAACAAUUUUAUCUCGUGUGAAUCAUUUAGCAGUCUUAAUUAUCACUAUUUCAUAGCUACAUGGAUACGUCCCAUCUAAACGAAGAGAACUGUGAGGUGAUUCAACUGAAAACUUGUCCUCUAUGCAAGAAGAGUAUCCGUAGGAGCCUGCGAUACGGUAAUAUUAUUAAAAAGCAGUUGUUUUACAUUGAAAAAGUCAAGGCUAAGGUCAACGGGAAUCCGGUUGAGAUCAAGGCUGCAAAGAAAGACUUGGAAACAAGUUUGAGAGCUUUGAAGCCGACGGAGGAUGAAAAGAAAGACUGGAACACACUAAUGAGAAGUGUGACCAAAUUGUCGAACAUGUUUAUGGCAGCUGUCACCAAAAACCGGGUGAUGCUGAUGAAGAGAUUUGCCGAGAUAAACCAGAAGCUGAAUCAUAGAAUAUUUUUUAAGACUCAGAGCCAAGUCAGCAACGAAAGUCGUGUGGAAGGUACGUGCGCAUGUUUCUUUUUUUUUUCCUAGUGUACCAAUGAAAUUACCGUCAGUAGCGACUUAGAUAAACGCCUCUGUUUGGGGAAAAUGAAACCUUUUAUGGUUUAUUGUGAAAGUUCCCUUACGGUUUUGGUUAACCUGCCACUGACAUACUGACUGUUCUGCACCUACGGGUAAGACACAGGUAGAAUUGAAGAUCAACCACGGGAAUCAAGGAUUCGAGAAUUUAUUUGCACUAUAUCCGAUUAAUUACAGUUCCCGAUUAAUUACAGUUCAAACUUCACUUCUUCAAACAAUCGUAGUUCUGAUCUCUCCCUCUGCUCGUUACAAUAUUUUUUCGCGUCCUUUUUAUGUAACGUUUACGCAAUGGAGGCAUAUAUUUUCACGAAACUAUGUAAAUAUUCUGCGCGAAAUGCCGAUCGCAUCUUACGGUACUCACAAAUAUAAUGUUUCAUGACAAUGUUUCUGAGAAUGCGGAUUAAUUAACUAGAAAAUGAUUCCGUUAAUGUAUCCUCAAAGGGAUAAGCCUAGUAGUCGUAACACAAUUACACUAAACUAUGUAAAUAGUCUGUGUGAAAUACAGAUCACUGACAUAGCCUCCCCCUCCCCCUGCUAUUGCUAUAACAUUUUCUUUUGCCCAUUGCAUAGUAUGUGAUAACUUUUUUUAGGCACAGGUCUUAUUUAUCGCCACGGAGGGGGAUGGGCUGUGGAGGAUUUUGGUUGUGUCACGACAAUUUACCUGAUCCCCCUGAGGCUCUGUAAUAUUCUAAUGAUUCCCCCCAAGUUGGCUGUUAAUUGGCAAUCAAGUCUCUAUAGUCCCUCCUCCUUCCCCCCAGGUGAUAGAUAAUGACUGGUCCUUAACUCCCAUCAGCUAAUACUCCCCUUAUUGAUAUUUUACUUUAUUCUCAUCACUUCUGUGCUUGAUAUUGUAUUGAUAUGAUGAGGAGAAAUUCCCUCUUGGUCACUCAUGAGAGGUAAAGGGUUAAGGAGUUGUGAUCUCACGACGAAUUUUUGUUUUAAAUGUGAGCCUACGAGUAUCUUCCAUAAUAAUUGUUCGCUUCCUUCAGAGUAUCAUUGGUUACUUUUGGUGUCAUUUGGUAGGGUACUCCUUGCAAAAAGAUUUGAAGUAUUUGAAGGAGCGUGCUAUGUCAGGAGAAGUCAUGGAGCGAGAGCUGCAAGACAUAAACCUGGAAUGUACCAGGGUUAAUCUACGAUUUGAGCUGUGUUUGCUGAAACACGACAUCGAAAGCAUCAACCUGACUCCGGAGGAGUCGCAUGGUCAGAUGAUGAGAGAUGUUCGCGAUGAGCUGUCCAGCGGUAAACUAAUUCAAUCCGAGAGGUUGGACGAGCUGUUAGAUAUGCUGUCGGGAAUCAGGUGCGUUACUUGACAGUGUUUUUUGUCUUUUAAGGCAUUUUUAAAAGUUUCUCUAUGACUUAUACGGCCUCGUGCACGUUUUUAUUGGUAAUUAUUAGACAAGAGUGCCCGUACGAGGAUAAGCGAUGGAGUAAGCAGGGCCAGAUAAAGCCUUGCGGCCGCGCAAGAUGCGAGCUAAAAGAAGAAUUGAGGGAAAUAAAAGAGCGGCGGUCAUAUAAUAAAAUUCUUUUUGACUGAGUUAGGUCGGACCGGGUGAGAAAAUAUUUGACUCUUUGUCACGACGCGAGGACCACGCAACGCUCGGUCCGUAAAUCAUAAAAUGCCCCAACGGGCCGUCUGGUCCUCUCACUCAGUCAAUAGUUACAUAUCACGUGCCUUUUGUACGCGCUCGAGGUGGGGUAAAAAACAUGUCUCCCUGCCCACCACACCUACUCCCAGGAAAAAACUUUUACACCACUAAACAAACGGUCGAGAUGCAAAUAGCAAGAGUUGAAUCUUUGCCUGUUACUGAUCGCGAAAACGUUUUCUUUAAUCUCUCUAUUAUUCUGGGUGUCUUCACUUUUGGUUACCUAAUUUGUGAGCAUCGAGGCCCAGAAUUGCUAUGCAAGUGAUCUGUUUGGUCUUUCCGUUUGAAGGAGACACAAGAAAUUUGCGUCAUUAUAGGAUUUUUAUAUUGACGACAAUAACGACGACGACGACUAGGAUAGUAAAGAUAAUACGUUUUGCACUACUUACAUUUUAGAAAAGCGUACCCAUGUCUGUUACCGUUGACACCGGAAGAAAAACAACAGAUCGUGAGCGCCAUGGGCCUCAAACAAGGUCAUUGGUACAAAUGUCCUCAGGGACAUAUCUAUGCCAUUACUGAGUGUGGCGGCGCAAUGGAGAAAAGCACGUGUCCUGAUUGCGGAGCUGUGAUUGGUGGAGAACGUCACAGACUGGUAGAAGACAACCAAGUUGCGACUGAGAUGGAUGGUGCGAGAUACCCUGCCUGGUCUGAACAGGCUAACAUGGAAAAUUACAUGAUUGUGGAUGAGGCGUAAAAAGGUUUAAAACUGAGUUUUAAAAGUAAUCGGCAGCUUUCUGAUUAUACUUUAAGUAGACUCCUUGGACAGUGUGUCUAGAGAGGCAGACCUAAACCAAUUUUGAUUUGUUCUCUUGCUUACCGCACACUUAGGGAAGGCUGAGCGCAAUAAAUUUUUACUUCGAUUCGCAUGCGAUAGUUUCAGCUUAUUAAUUAUGCGUUCAGUAGACAAUUUGGGCGUUGUGCUUUGAGAGGCAAAGCUAAAUUACCGUGAAUUUUUGUUCUUUCGCGUGCUGCGUGCUCAGCGAAACAUAAGCGAAAUGAAUGUUUACGUCGAUUUGCUUGCAUAGCGUCAAUUUAAAGCGCGAGGCUAAUGAAUUUGAACGAAGACUUGUUUAUUUGGAGUCAAGUUUCAUCAGAAAUGUAUCUUUUUCAGAAAACCCGUGAUUAAGCUUUAAAUUUUAUUUCUGUGCAUACGAAAGCUUGUCAGUAGGCUGUUAGUGGAAAACGCGCAGUCUGUUGUUACUUGGCGUCCAUCCCCCGGGGGGGGAAGGUUUCUUUCUGGUAAUUUUCUUUUGGGGAUUUGCCGCUGGAUGGGUCGCAUGUUCACAACUAGAUUAAGUAUAAUGGAAUUUCAUUCUCAUCAUAGUUGUGGUUGCAAGUUUUUGAGGGAUUCUGGGGUAAGAAAAUUUUGGUUAGUAGGAAUUUAGAAAUGGGAAAAUUGGCGGUUGAAAAAGGGAUUAAGGUGCUGUUUGUAAAUGGCCACAGAGUAUAAUAUAAUGGGGUUAGGGGCUCUGAAAGGUCUGCGGCAUAUAACCAGAAAAAAUUGACCUAACUAAUUCCCCUUACCCUUCGGGUGUCCAAAGCAGCCCUGUUGUAUUGAAACAAGUAGGAAAUACUAGCUCUGAUCGCAAAUAGCUUUCAUUGGGAGUGUGAUUGAUUAUCACAUCUUAAUUUGUACACAGCUUUCUUGGAGCCAGCUCAGUUCAAACCUAAUCUGCGAAACUCGAAUAAACUGAGAGGGUAAAAGAUCAAUAUAAGCGCGAUGGGUGUUGACAAGAGAAUAUAAGAUAGGUUCUCGACACUAAAACGUACAUUUUUUUUCCCUGACGAGUUUUCUAGAGGUUUCUGCCUUUCAUUCUCCUUAUUUGCCCUCAAAGAAAAAUUCCAAAAAAUUCUCCUUUGAAUAUUGGAAGAAAAACCGCCACAAAAAUGUAGUGGCGUCAGUCACGUUCGCUUAUCUUGCGUGACUCAUACAAUCAGUUCUCUUGGAAUCAGUAUAUUUCGAGAAACAGUGUUAUCCGGUGAUGAAGAAGUUAUAUUUGCUUUCCCCGUUUUAACUCUUUUUGCUGAUACGAGAAAUGAUCCUGAUUACUUCUAUGGAGAUCCAGGAGAGAAAAAUAUUAAUUUGAUUAAGUAUAUUGCAAAAAAGGGCAAUCCUUUUGAAGAGAAAACUAAUGCGUCAGACACUUGAGAAAGGGUCUCGCUAGAUCCUUGCGUAGUCGAUCGAUCCUUUUUUUGUUGUUGUUGUUGUAAACAAAUGUUUUUUUCGACACGUUUCCCUCAAGAAACUACUUACGAACAAACUACUUCCUUUCCACACAUAAUCCUCAGUUUAUUGGUUUUGAUUGACUCCCGGAUCAUGUCAAUGAAAUUCGAGAAAUUCGACCCUUUUUAGCGAUCAACUCUGAACAUUCAGCAAAUCACGAGGAAGACGCUUUUCUCAGAAUUGUUGAAAUGAAGCUUCGAGGACGGUUCUGCGAAAUGUGAAGCACAGAUGCUGUCCUUAUUUUCCUUGUCUUCUCUGGAGAAAGUUCUUUUCAACGGCUUUGAGUGAAGUCUAGGUAUGCAGAAGUUGAUUUUAUAUUAAGUGGAGAACUGAUUGCGGUACUGUAUUGAAAACAACUGAUGCAGAACGGCCUUGAACUUCACUGGUAGCCAUUUAAAACGUAAUAAUAAUUUUAGACCGAUGUAGGGAAGAAUUGUUUUAGUUUUUGAUUAAUUCAUCGUCACGUAGGCUAUUAUGUUAUUACAAAGAAAUAGUGUUAGAAGAAUGAGGACUUGAAUAAGAUAACGGUUUUUUUGUAUAUAUAUAAUUUCUAAAUAACUUAUGUACGGUAUGUUACACUGUCAGUCAGUUAUAUCACUGAAGUCCAAAUUUAAACAGUUGUUUGUUGUCCUGAGAAAAAAUGUUUUACUGCUAUAUGCUAAUGAGUGCUUUCAAUUAAAAAUGAAUUGUAUUAAAUCUUCAGGAGACAAUUGGAAAUUUGUUUCGUGGGUCAGUGGAAAUUAUUUUUAACAAAAUUAAAUUUAUAAUGCUUUGUUUAUAUGUAAAUUUUUGGUGAACAUGUUUCUUAACUAACCGGCUUAUUACAGCAUGUGGUAAUUUCAUUCAUUUUUUUCACAAUUUUUCUUUUGUUGAUUUCAUACAUCGCCAAGUUGCAUAUGUCUUAAAGAAGAAAAAAAAAUCCUGUUUUGAGUGAAGGUAAAAUAUUGGAUUUUUACACGGGCAUAAUGGUAGAACUUUUCGCGUUUUAGUCUCAUUUUUCAAUGUUAGAAUUGUUGUUUUAUCAGUGACUAUUACUGACCUGUAUUUACAGUUGAAUUUA